AUGUGUAUCAGCGGUGAAUGUGUGCAAGUUUUCAAAGCAUACAAGGAUUGCUCAGAUAUUUUGAAAAGGGAGCAAAGCAAAAAAGGACACGAUGGUGUAUACGUUAUCCAUGCUGAUAUCUGGAGAGCGGUCUACUGUGACAUGAAGACAGAUGGAGGAGGGUGGACGGUGAUUCAGAAGCGAGAAGAUGGCGACGUUGAUUUUUACAGGACGUGGAUAGAAUACAAACAGGGAUUUGGAUCCGCCUCUCAGAACUACUGGAUAGGAAACGACGCAAUCUAUGCCCUAACAGAAGAGAAAAACCAGGAACUUCGAGUUGAUCUCCAGAGACAUAAUGGAGAACAAGCCUACGCUGUGUAUUCCACAUUUUACAUCGGAGACGAGGAUAGCAAAUAUAUGCUCGCAGUGUCUGGAUACAACGGAACCGCGGGUGACAGUUUGAUUGAUUUCCAUAAUGGUAUGAGAUUCUCUACAAAAGAUCAGGAUAACGACAUGAGUGGCGGUGACUGCGCCACAAAAUACCACGGAGCCUGGUGGCACGAAGACUGUUACCAAUCAAAUCUCAACGGGCAGUAUGCAACGUCUGCUCUGAUUGGUUAUAAUUAUCCAGUAUGGGUUACCUUUAAUGAUAGUUUCGAAGCACUGAAGAGGACCGUGAUGAUGAUUAGACAGAAAAACUAGAGCCAGUUUUGACAUGCUUAUUAUGAAUCUAAGUUUUAUUGCAAAUCAUAGACUUUAUAAUAUACUACUUAUAAAGU